AUGAAAGAUGCGAAACACAUCUACGAACCAGGAGCUCCAAAGCUCCUAAUCCUUACGAAAGGGAGCUUUGGAGCUCCUGAAACUCCUUUUACUAUAAAAUAUGACAGUUUUCUUCUGAGGUUCUCAUCAAAUCUAAGACUUCAGAAGAAAGCUGUCCUAUCAAUGUAUACUUACACUCUCAUGGACUACAAGUGUACAAUUUUAAAGCAGAGAUUAUCCGAGGCCUCUCAUCAAAUGAGGGACCUCGGAUAA